GCAUACAUGCAUGUCUGUAAUGUAAAGUGUCCAUGUCAUUUUUUUGCGCCCUAUCUAGCCGAGAUACUUCUUGGAUUUCCGAUGUCUUAAAACAUGUCUGCAAGAAUUCUAGCCUGUUUUUUGUUCGCCUUGCUCAUGGCUUUAAACGGAUAUCUCUUCUGUGUCUCCGACUGUAUCUCGGUUCUCUCGGCCACGUUUGGUCUAAGACACGUUUACAGCUCAGCUCCGCUCGAUUCAGUCUCUAUCUGAACGUUGUCUUUGCAAGUUAACCAAUUGCAAUCGUGCGGUCUUAUUCAAUGUGUUCGUGGCCACCACAAGUACAUAUGUAUUUAGGCUGUGGAAUACAAAUGUAUAUAGGAUACACAAAAAUAUGAUUGUUUUGCCAAUAGCAAGGCUUUAAAAUAAAAAUACUAUUUUAUAUAAAAUAUAAAAUCAAAAUGCAUUUGCCAAUUACAUACUAAAGCGAAAGAGGAUAGUGCCAAUAAGCAUUGUCUUGACCAUGAUAUAUGGUUACAACUUUUUCCUUGCGAUUGUCAACAUUGCUAAUAGAUUUCCUAUCUAUGAAAUGGAGCAUUUAGAUCUUGCUGGCUAUCUUGACCACACGCCUCAAUGCUGGAACAGUCUGGGAGCAUUUCCAGAGGAAGAUGCUGUGUACUUGUCAAGCUCUCGACAAAUGUUGGAACCCAUCUUGGAGGAGACCAGCGAGGAUGAGGAACGUGCCCGAAGUAGCUUGAUUGUAAGCCUAGAAAACCGCUCCACGCUCUGGAGUUCUACGGAGUCUGAAACUGGAUCCGUACUACGCAUAGAAAUAAUUAAGGCAGAUGUCGAUGCUGUUUCUGAAAGGGACUUUUUCUGCCCACCCAAGCGACCAAGGCGCAGCCUUGACUUAAAUUCUAUCCAGAUUUCAGAAGAUAGCGUCCAACUGCGCCGCCCCAUGUCUUACGAUUCCGAGCAUCACAAUAGCUUUGAACGCUUUCUGGCUUUAGAGGCAUGUGGACGCGAUAGCUACGGAAGCCAGGGCCAACGAAGCAGCAUAGGCAGUAGGCGAGGGGGAACUUUCGAAGAUUUUUAUUCCGACAAGGACUCCUCCCACUCGCUAUCUCGCAGUUCCUCCCUGGUACAGUUUGAGUCAUUGGAACGGCAGCUCACGCUCCAGGAGCAGCAUCACAAUAUGAGCAGUCUGCGUAACAGUUCGCCCUCGCUCAACAGCGAGUCUGGUGCGUCAACGCGAGCCAGGACCAGGGACAACAGUCCAGAUAGUAGGAAGGGAUCGGCCCCAACGCUGUCCCUGUUAAAACGUUAUGAAUCCAGCGAGUAUAGUCGUCUGCAUCAGACAUACUAUGAGCUAAACAAUCUUAAUUUUGAAUAUAAGCAAAAAGAGGAUUUUCUCUCCAAAAGACUCCCAGAGGCGGAGCUUAAAUCUGAUUUAGAGAACUGCUCAAGCUCCUCCAGCGAUAGUAGUGGUCACAGCCUUCUAAGCUCAUGUCUUGUUCCCGUAGAAGCUGUUACAACAGAAAAGGAAAAAAAGGACGGGGCUUCCUCCCGGCAAGUUCCCCUCAACUCAGCUGAGAGCCUGUCCGAAGACUCGGGCUAUUGCGAGCCAAGAACGCUAAAGCGGGAAAAGUCUAAAUCAAUACUACAGAAUUUCGACAAGCUUUGCGAAGAGGACGAGGAGCUGCUGCUGCUGGAGGAGGGCGCCCCGCAUUCUCGCGACUUAAAAGAUUUCUGUCAGACCGAAAUAGAACAGACUGUGGACGCGACUGCAUUAGCAUGCUCUCCGUCGUCUAUAAAUAGUUCCCCGGAGAGGGCCAGCUCCGAAUCGCCGUUGCCGUCUCCGACCGGAUCGGCAUCAACGUCGUCUGCCUCGUUCACUUGGCUGCACAACAGUUUGCCCGAUAUCCGCGAGCCACGAAGUCCACUCUCUGUAGAAAUUAACAAUUCCAAACCCAAGGGAAACGGCAGAACUCUGGCCACCACCAGCCAAAACAGUAGCAGCACCCGGAGCAGCAGUUCCGUCGAUAGCUGUGACGGUUUAUCACUUCUAGGCCCCACCCAUUCACUUAACGAGCUCCAUCAUCUUGAACGGAGGCGACGCCGACGUCACAUUCAACCUAGCCAGAGAAACUAUCACAGCAAUAGCUCCAGUGAGGAACUGGAGGGCCUGGACAACUUAUUUGUUGCUUGCCCUAGCCUGCCAAGAAUUCGACGCAGCUCCAGUUGGAACGAACGCGUUAAAAUAGUAGGGGGUGUGGCAAGUACCGGAUAUUUGAACGCCAGUUACCUAAACCUAACUCUAUUAAACUACACGGAUAACCGGCUGCCGGCAGAGCCCCUUCAAAACAACCUAAAGAGGAGCAAAGCAGAAGAAAUGUCGAAAAAGAGCAACAUUGCCUGCGAAAGCUACGAGCACAUGAUUUGUAAGGGAAAUUUUUUGCUGGAUGAGAUCAGCAAGGUAUAUGACAAAAAUGUGUCUAUACUGACGGAUAAGCCAGUGCUGGAGACCAAACUCGAUGCGCCAGAGGAAUAUGAUUCAAAUGCCUCCAAUGGGCUUUCGAUGGUGCAGCACGUUCAGCUAAACAUAAAGCCGCCACAGCGCCAGAAACAUUCAAAUCAACAGCUGCCAGUCGCCAUGACUUUUAAUGGCCUUGUGAAAACAUUUGACCAGGAUCCCACUAAUUUGCGAACGUCUUACACCCAGAGCCUAGAGCAGUGCCACCAUGACGAGCAAGAAAUGGCAAAAACUGCUUCGUGCCCGCCGCCAGCCAUCUCAAAAAGAUUCCUGUCCAAGCGGCGAUUCCAAACGCAAUCGUCGGCCGCUAAGCAGCGAAAUCUCGUAAGCAGCACGCCUAAUCUCGCUGCCUGCAACGUCGGGCUACAGGAGUCCGAAUACGAUAUCUACGUAAGCAGUGCUCACGCCUCGAUGCACCAGUUGCCGCAGACACCAACGCAACAGAAGCCACUGGGAAUUCUGCUACAAGCUGGAUCGCGUCAUUCUUUCGGCAAGGAGGUAAGCUUUUGCCCAGUGGUAAGCAAGUACUGUUGGCAGGAGCAGUCCUCUGAGGAGCCGACCGAGGACCACUUCCAUUCCAGCGAGGGCGAGCAGGGCCCGAGCGACGACGAACUUAUGGACCCCACUUUGGUGGACAACACCAGAGAGAACGAAAACAUCGUUACGCUUUUCAAACCAGAGCAGGCGCAUCGUCUAAGAGAGUCGGCGAUCGCACAAAAGCUUACCGCUUUCCAUACCAAUCCGCUCUUAUCCGCUUUCACACACUCAUUAUUUGAAGAGAGCGUCAACGGCAAAAACAAAGCAAUUUUAGCCACACCCAAUUGCCGCGAUCAAAGAACCGAAGCUAAGACCGCCCUGGAACCUGAGCCCGCUUUAAGCAGCACAGUCAGUCUAAAACCUUGUGCCGUUGCGUGCUCAUCUUUUCAAGAAGAAAUUCCGAGCGAUGCCACUAAGGAACCUCCUUCUGCGACAGCACGACCUCUCAGCCUGCCAAUCCUCAGCGAGCCGCCCACCAACCGCGCGCACCACAUCCUGCACUCAUCCCAGCAGCUAAAGCGCUACGAAUCGAGGGCGUCUCCGAUUAACAAGAUGCCGCCGACCAGCAAACUAAGCUCGCAGGCCACGGCUGUCGACAGGACGUAUGAAAAACACCCAACCUCCAAAAGCCUCUUCUCCAAGUUUGCCCACGGACUUCGAUUUUCUUUACGUCGCAAAAAGAAGCAGCAACAACAAGACCCAUCGCGCGUCAAAGCGUCGCCCGGAAAGGAGUUGAGGCAGAGUCCCGAGGACGUCCAAUCGGUCGCCUUUGUGGACAUCCCUUUAAAGCCGCCAAGAAGUUCGCAAUGUGACCGACUGCUCGAUUCUGUCGCGUCCGAGGCUAGGAGUGGCAACGUGCACAGCUGGCAGCCUCAGGAACAGCUGGUCAAGACCUCAACCCUGCAAAGGGUGACUGGCAAGCCGCCACUGCCCAAGAUGCCACCACGUAGUGGCAUCCUGGCGCAUGCGCCUCCGGAAACGACUGGUGAAGCCGUCAAUUUCCAUCGCGCCAUGGCGUUGCCGAGCGUCGAAAGUGAACAGUACAAUCAUUUUACCGGACAGUUGAUGGCUAAUGUCAAAGCAACAAAAAUGAGGGACACCGGGCUCAGCUCGCAGGCAGUAGUCGCUGAAGAGGCACAUACAGUUAAUCGACUGGCCGGAAACUGCAACGCUAAUAGGCCCACAGUAGUUACCGCUGUUCCGGUUUCUGUUGCUCCCGUCGAAGAUGUCGGCAAAAUGGGUUUGAUCGAGACCAAUUUAGAUACUCAUGAAACGGUUAUUUCGGGAAAGACACGUUCCCUUAUGGAUAUAACUUGCAACCCGCUUAGCAUGCCGCACAAGCGAUACAUUAUAAAGCGUCUAAAUGUAAACAGCGUUGCGUAUGACGUGGAUGAACCGGGCGGAGAGGUUAAACCCUCAUCAGGUGGAAUGGCAUCCGUACGCAGACCGCACAAGAGUAUGGAAUUUCUGCUGGACAAGGAGAACCAGAAAAAUGUUUUGCCCCCUGAAAACGAACUGCAGAAAUCACAUGACCAAAAUCCAGUCGCACUGAGCGCACACCAGCUGCGCGUCCAAGCGUCGCUUCAGCGGCUAAAUAUUCCCGACUGGUUCCGUCAUUACACCAAAGGGCCCGAAAAGGCCGCAGAUGGCGAAAAUGUAUGCACAAGUGCGACUGGUGGUGGAUACCGACCUGGCAACUUCACCCGCAAACGCGGACAGGAAUCGGGUCGCUGGCAAGGGCUCAAUUCAAAGACAACUUCCCUCAGCUCGCUGGGAUCUCAACGCUCCGACCGAAGUCCUUUGUUAAUGAGUCCUUCAGCGCACAGCCAUCACGGCGGCCAAAGCUCUUAUUCAUGUGGGUCGACGACAAUUCACGGUCCGGCCCCUGUACAGAUAGGUAUGGGAGCCACUCGCUGGUCUACCUCGCAUCUAAAUUCCACUCAGAUGUCCCCCGGUGCCUCACAGCGCGGAAACUUCACGCGCGGUGCGCCCAUUAAUAGCAGCUUUAUGUCUGUGGCCAGUGGCAGCGGCUUGUUGCGCAAUUCAUACCGACAGCCGUAUUUGGGUUGGCGCAGCACAGAGAAGCUCUCUCAGCGUACACCCCACGAACGUCUGGCCAAUUCGCUGCUAACCCAACGGACAGCUCCGCCCUCCACACAAGCAGCCAAUGAAACCGACACCUUACAUACUGUAUCGACAGAGAUUCAAAGCUCCAUUAAGGAAGUCACAUCGGCCAUCGUUCACUUCGUAAACGACCAGCAGCAGUCCCAACAUCCGGUCAGCCGUUCUACUAGUCCAAAUGCAAGGUGCUGGCUGGAAAGCAGCUUUGUUGGCACACGGACCUUAGACUCCCCGCAGACACCCGUUAUUGACAACAGUGCUCCCGGAUUAGCACGAAAGCAACAGCAGCUCCACUCGCACCAAGUGCACCUGGAUGUCAGCCUGGCACCUGUAUUCUCCGCUGGUCAGCUGCAACAUCACAUGAACGGAAUCAAUCGUAUUGGCAACGGUGGCGUACCAACAAGUAAUAUAGCGGCCGAACGGUCGUUAAGCAGCGCCUCGCUAGAAGAUGUCCUAGCCUCGCUAUUAGGACUGCCACCUACCUUCUUAUCCGGCCAGAUCAGCAAUUCGUACAUAAGCUACACCCCCAAUUCGGCGACAACAGCAGGUGUUGCUAUUCGGCAGCAGCUGGAGGUGCAAUCAGCCGCCGAGCAGCAGCGGCUCCGUCGUCGGAGUGAGGGGGACGCCCCGUCGCAGGAAAAGCAUUAUUCCAAGGACCAACCCCAUCAGUCCAGCUCGCAUUCGGUUGAAGCUGUAGUAAGUCCUAAGCCAAAUAUCCCCAAAGAGAGACGGCGGGUUUCACUGGGCGACCCCACCCUCACAGCUACGCGGUCGGACAUAGGAAUCGGCGGACAGCUGCAACUCAUCGAGGAACCAAAGGCCGGUUUCGGAUCGGGGCAACAAGUUCGCUGCCGCAACAGCAAGUGCGACCGGAGUACCUCUCCCAGUGAUGCCAAAAAGCUUUACAAGACGUGCCACAAUUGUUCCCAUUUAUACUGUUCGCGUGAAUGUCGGCGGGCGCACUGGGAAAAGCAUCGGAAGGCGUGCCUGCACUCGCGUGCGUCUAACAUUUGUCGCCAGGUUCUUGCCACGUGCAGAGAUGACCUCGACUCACAGCGUCAUCUGAGUCUUUUGGCCCGCAAAGGCAGCCUGUCUCAAGGACGGGGCGUUGUGCGUGUGCUUUUUCGAAGUGCUGAGGCGGCGGAAGGAUUCAUUAAAAACGGGUUCCAGUGCAUGGGAGAGGCUUCGUACGUGCGCUGGCCAGACCUUAUGCCCGCUGAGAUGGGCCUGGACUUAUACUCCGAACUUCUGAAGCUUAGCACGGAGUACAAACCGGAAACCAAAAUGCUUAUUUACGUGGCAAUUUGUGUGGUUUCCGAGGCACCGGGCAUGGGGCAAGCACCUGUGCGCUGGGAACGCCAACUUGUGAGUCGUUGUGCCAAACUGAAACUCUGCAAGUCAGUUAUGGUUGAACUAGAGCAUCAUCAGGCGGCAAUCCUCCCGGUGUCUGUUGUGGCAGUGCCGGAGCGGACGGAAAUCCUCAUUCUAACUUUUAAACCCGGACAGCAUGGAAAUAGAGAGCUAAUCCUUUCAAACAUCCUGGACAUUUUGUCAACGCACGGCGUCAUACUGAGCAAACACUAUCCGCAGGUAUUUGAGCGCCUGCAAACGUACUCUGAGGGACAGAGUGACAAGUUCAAUCCGGUGACAUUGCAUCCGCGGGACACGCAAACUGGGCAAAACUUUGUAUGCAUCAUUAUGGCGGUGCACACUGACAAUGAGCUUACGAAGCUUCCAUCAGCAGCGGAUGGCGGUAAUCGAGUUACUACCAUAGAUGUAGGAUCCCCUUCGGCUCUCGUGCAACUUGAACUAGGCGAUGAUCAGAUUUUAAAAACCACAUCCAGAAAUAGUUGAUCAAGAGCAUACAAAAAUCAAAACAAUACUCUUCGGAGAGAAAGCACAUGCAACGACCACUCCUUUCAUUCCGAUCUUUUCAACGACACCUCGGAGUGUCCCAUAGAAAGCACCCGCAUGUAAGGAAGGAUCUUGAAAUCAACUGCUUUAAACAUGUAAUACAAUUUUCCUGGUAGUAAUAACACUGUACAAAAUGUAUUUUAAAAUUUUUCCCAGUGAGCGGAAAUACAUAAUUUUCCUUUUUUUGUUAUUCUUAAAAAAGUUAAAUAAAUUCUUUGGCCCAGUCAAAUUCAGUUAGUGCUUAUAAUAUGUAUGUGUGUCCGUCCGAAUCGCGAAAUCCAUAAAUACUCGAUAGGAUUUAACAUGCAUGUUCCUAUAUAGCCACGUCUAAAGUGUGUUUUUUUUUUGAGGUAUAGAACUUUAAGUUGCAAUAAAACAACAAUAAAAGUUUUGAUAGACAUGAAUUCUAUUUAUCUGAACUAUAAUCUGGUUAAUCUUAAUUAUAUAAUCUUAAUUUGAUAUAUGAUUUUUGGCAUAUGACCGCCACGGCUGGCUCGGAUGUAGUUCAAUCUCAACCAUUUCCGAUGACUUUUUCCAGAAUUUGUAGCCGUAUAUCGGCAAUAACACGGCGAGUGUUGUCUUCCAAGUGGAAGACAAGACAAGGAAGACAUAUCCCGACAGAAAGUAGUCUAGCGGCGUUAAAUCAUAAGAUCACAGGCCAAGACGUGAAAUUAUGCGGUCACAAAACAUGUCUUUCAAUAAAUCGAUUAUGGCAUGAGCUGUGUGACAUAUUGCGCCGUCUUGUUGGAACUAAAACCCCUGGACAGCAUGGUUUUUCAAUAUAGGAAUGAAAAAGUUUGUAUCAUCAUCGGUUUUGAAGAAGGACAGACCAAUGAUUCUACCAGCCCAUAAAGCGCACCAAACAGUCUUUUCUGUAUAGAACUGUGUUUCGACAUACACUUUUGGAUUAGCUUCACCUCGAAUGCGGCAACAACGGCAAUCGUAUUUUGGGCCCAUUCAAAUCUACGCCUUGCUUGUUUUCAUAAGCCCGCAAGCCGAGAUCCUUCCGCAAAAUCUUCCAUUAAGUAGGUGGACACAAAUCCAAUUCCUGUGCUCGAUGGCGGAUGGACUCAUUCAGGUCUUCCUCAAUGCUACGCUUUAAGGGGGGAAAUACCUACGUGAACCUAGAAAAAGUUUUUUGUAAAAAAAAAAAAAAAUGCCGGAAACAUGACCGAUCUAGUCACAGUGCCAAAUUUUUAUUAUAAUGAGAAAGCUUUAAUGAAGUGCGUAGUAGAGGGAUUUUGAUGAUAUCGAAAAAUUAAACAUAUAACCAUGAGUUCUUGAAAAGUGUGAUUUUUACCCGUGUUUUUUGAUAUAAUAAUACUUAAAAAACUAUAAAAUAGCUUUAUUUUAUAUGACUUGAAGAUCAAAUUCUUUAUCAAAUGCCGUUCAGUUUACGUGAAUUGGUUGAAUAGUUCUCCUGUAAUCGUGACACACCCAUAUUGUAGAAAAUAGUUUUGAGAAAACGGCCGUUAUGUGCGCCACCGCGGGGGCGGAACUGGACUUUACUUCUCUUGUGUCGAUUAUCUCGAAAAAUAUUUAUCGCAGCUUAACGAAAUUCUAAGAAAAUAUUUUUAAACAUUCUAUCUUUCGAUUAAAUGAAAAAGAAAAUUUUGUUUUGAAAGUUCUAUAGAUAUCUUCCCCCUUUAGCAGCAAUAGCUUCUUCUCUACGCACCGUACGGCGUCUUUGGAGAUUCGAGUUAUCAAUAAGAGAAUUGUCUAUGGUAAAUCGAAUUAACUGUUCUGAUGGACGAUAAAAUGGACGUAGUGCGCUAUACGUAUUUCGCACACAACCAUUUUUAGAAAUAAAAUUGCACUCUCUGCAAGCGUUGUUCAGGUUUGUUGCCAAACCAAACUUGACAGCUGUUAAAUCGGUCGCCAUCUUGAACAGUAAUGCCAACUUAAAGUUCUAUACCUCGAAUAAAACACACUUUUAACGUCCAUAAUGCCUAAGUCUGCUGGCGUGGUCGCCAAAGUUAUCGUAAAAGUGUAAAAUGUACUGUAAAUGCGGACCCAUGUAAAGGAUUUAGGCUACAUCGUACACUAUUAACAUACAUACAUCCCAUAAUUAUUAAAAAAAAUUAAGUUUUUUUGUACUUUGUCAAAAAAGAUAUUUAGCUCGAAAAGUAAUUAGUAAAUGGAUUUCAAAGUUUGUGUGAAUAAUAAGUAUUUGAUUACAAAGACUGUCAAACAAAUACAUUUUGCUUAACUACUCCAGAUUUUUAAGAUAAAAUAAGUUACCAAAACAAAAUAAACCAAAAAACUUCCGGUUAAUCCAGUAUUAAACUUUAUUGGCUAUCAUCUAUAAACAAUAAUCUCUAAAAGCAUUACUUCCAGCGGAAUUUACUUUUAAUAAAGGGAACGAACUUAUUUAUUAAGUUUAAUAAACGACAAUAGUAUUUCUGCCUCCUAA